AGCACCGAAAUAGGCAAAGCCCGCUAUAUUAACCAUACGAAUGAAGCCUUUUCAAGCUCUCUCACCCGCCAAAAACCUUCCCAUUUUCCUUUUCUAUGAAUUAUCUUCCUACCAAAUCAAACAAGCUUCGAUCUUAUUCAAUUACCCAUUAAUUUCUUCAACUAAUUUCAAAACAACAUUGCAAGGAAUCACAAAUUGUUGCAUCGUUUUCUGAUUUCAUCCAAUGGGUAGUCGUAACGAUCCCAAUGAGAAUCCUACUGCAACCUCAGAAGGUACAACUGUUGAUAUCCCUAUUAAUAACGCCAAGGAUUUGAAAGCUAUAGAAAAGGAACUCCAGGAUAAAGAAGCUGAACUGAAAAGGAGGGAAGAGGAGCUAAAGAAGAGGGAGGAGGCAAUUGCAAAAUCUGGAGUUGUUAUAGAGGAAAACAAUUGGCCACCUUUUUACCCUAUAAUACAUCAUAACAUUAAAUCCGAAAUUCCUAUCCAUUUACAGAAAGUACAAUAUGUUGCAUUUGGUUCAUGGCUAGGUAUCAUAGUAUGCCUUGUAUGGAAUCUUAUUGCAGUGUCUUUUGCCUGGUUUGAAGGAGAAGGUGUUACAAUCUGGCUAUGUGCUGUUAUCUACAUCAUAUUAGGAAUUCCAGGGUCAUACGUUUUAUGGUAUCGUCCUUUGUAUCGAGCCACUAGGAGCGAUAGCGCUGUAAAGUUUAGUUUCUUUCUCAUAACAUACAGCUUUCACGUCUUCUUUUGUGCUUUUGCUUCACUUGCUCCUCCUAUAUUCAUCGAAGGGAAAUCAAUCGCAGGGAUUUUACCAGCUUUUAAUCUUCUAGUAGGAAAUGCUAUGCUUGGGGGUAUCUACCUCAUUGGAUUUGGACUUUUUUUCAUUGAAACAGCAAUCAGCAUCUGGGUUAUUCAGCAAGUUUAUUCAUACUUCCGUGGUAGUGGAAAAGCUGCAGAGAUGAAACGUGAGGCUACAAGCUGUUUCUUCAACAUGGUUUAUCUGGGUUUCAACUUCAAGCUUCAAAUUCGCUCAAAAACCGAGUGUUCAACCACGAGUACUGUUAGUACCAUCAGAAAUACUGUAGGUAAUUACAGUUCUAACCAUAAGAAGAAUAAGAAGAGAUAUGGAGGUCUACUGCCUUCGAUUUUAAAGUCUUUGGAUUCGGAUUCCGAAGACGAUGUUGAUAAAACCCUGAAUUUAUAUUACGGGAAACUAAAUCCUAAAGAACAGACGGUGAUUCUCAAAGAGCAAAGGAGCUGGGAAAGGGUUAUUAGAGUUUUCGAGUGGAUGAAAUCGCAGCCGGAGUAUUCACCUAAUGUGAUUCACUACAACGUUGUUCUUCGUGCCCUAGGUCGUGCCAGGAAAUGGGAUGAAUUAAGACGUUGCUGGAUUGACAUGGCUAAUAAGGGUGUUUUCCCAACUAAUAACACAUAUGGAAUGCUCGUUGAUGUGUAUGGAAAAGCAGGUCUUGUGAAAGAAGCUCUUUUGUGGAUUAAACACAUGAAGCUUAGAGGCAUCUUUCCCGAUGAAGUCACCAUGAACACAGUGGUUCGAGUAUUGAAAGAUGGAGGUGAGUAUGAUCGAGCAGAUCGAUUUUACAAAGAUUGGUGUGUUGGUAUUGUUGAAUUAAACGAUUUGGAAUUUGAUUCAUGUUCAGAACCCAUUAGUUUGACUCAGUUCUUAUUGACUGAGCUUUUUAGAACUGGUGGGAGAGAUCAUACAAAGAGUAUGAAUACAGAAAACUCUGUUCAAAAGCCUCGUUUAACAGCCACUUACAACACUUUGAUUGAUUUAUAUGGGAAAGCAGGGAGAUUAAAAGAUGCAGGUGAUGUGUUCGCUGAAAUGCUUCAGUCAGGAAUCGCUAUGGAUACAAUCACCUUCAACACAAUGAUCUUUACUUGUGGGAGUCAUGGGAAUUUAUCAGAAGCUGAAUCUUUGUUGUAUAAAAUGGAAGAAAGAGGAAUAUCUCCCGAUACAAAAACAUACAACAUCUUUUUAUCUCUAUAUGCUGCCAUGGGAGACAUAGAUGAAGCUCUUAAAUGCUACAGAAAGAUCCGGGAAGUGGGUCUUUUUCCAGAUGUUGUAACUCAUAGAGCUGUUCUUCAAAUUCUAUGUGAAAGAAGAAUGAUCCAUGAAGUUGAAAAUGUAAUUAAAGAAAUCGAAAAAUCCGGUUUAUAUAUCGAUAACCACUCUGUUCCAAUUCUCAUUAAAAUGUAUGUGGAAGAAGGGUUAAUUGAUCAUGCAAAGUUUAUAUUCGAAAAGUGUCAUAAAAAAGGCGGAUUAUCUUCUAAAACUUAUGCUGCAAUUAUAGACACGUAUGCUGAAAAGGGACUUUGGACAGAAGCUGAAUAUGUUUUUAACUGUGAACGAGAUUUAAUCGAUAUAAUCGAGUAUAACGUCAUGAUUAAAGCAUAUGGAAUCGCGAAAUUACAUGAUCAAGCUUUUUCAUUAUUUAAAGGGAUGAAAAGUCAAGGGAUUUGGCCCGAUGAGUGCACUUACAACUCCUUGAUUCAAAUGUUCGCCGGGGGCGAUUUGGUAAAUGAAGCACGCGAUCUUUUACACGAAAUGCAAGAAUCCGGUUUUAAACCCUCGUGUUUGACUUUUUCCGGGAUCAUUUCAUGUUAUUCUCGUUUAACCAUGGUUAACGAAUUAGAUGAGAUUUACCACGAAAUGGUUAAAUCCGGGGUUAAACCGAAUGAAAUUGUAUUCGGUUCUUUAAUAAACGGAUUCGCAGAAACCGGGAAUCUCGAAGACGCGCUUCGGUAUUACAAAAUCAUGCAAGAAUCCGGCUUUUCACCAAAUCAAGUAAUUUUAACUUCUUUAAUCAAAGCUUAUAGUAAAACCGGAAUUGUGGAAGGAGCAAGAACAAUUUACAAGAAAAUGAAGGAAUUACCGGGUGGGCCCGAUGUGGUGGCAUCGAAUAGCAUGAUCAAUCUUUAUGCUGAUUUUGGCAUGGUAUCAGAAGCCAUUUUGAUAUUCGAUGAUUUGAAAAAAACAAAUAAAGCAGACGCGGUUUCUUUCUCUACCAUGAUUUAUGUUUACAAAAACAUGGGUAUGCUUGAUGAAGCUAUUGAAGUUGUAGAAAACAUGAAAGAUUCCGGUUUGUUAACCGAUUGUGCUUCGUUCAAUAAAGCCAUGGCAUGUUAUGCCACCACCGGCCGCCUCCUCGAGUGCGGUGAAAUGUUGCGGGAGAUGGUGGUGACACGGAAGCUCCUCCCAACCGCCGGAACUUUUAAGGUGUUGUUCACGGUGUUGAAGAAAGGCGGUAUUCCAGCGGAAGGGGUGGAGCAGCUCGAGGCGGCUUACCGGGAAGGGAAGCGGUAUUCCGGUGAAGCGGUGGUGGCAUUGGUCUUUUCGGUGAUUGGUUUGAGUUUGAGCUCUUUAUCGUUGGAGUUUUUUGAAAGUUUCGAGAUGGGAUCGGAUGUUUUUGUGUAUAAUGUUGGGAUUUAUGUUUAUGGGGGUUUAGGGAGGGUUGAUGAGGCGUUGAAGGUGUUUAUGAAAAUGCAAGAUGAAGGUUUGGGGGCGGAUGUUGUUACUUACAUAUAUUUGGUGGGUUGUUAUGGAAAAGCGGGGAUGGUUGAAGGGGUGAAACGGGUUUAUAGUAAGUUAAAAUAUGGUGAGAUUGAUCCGAAUGAGUCUUUGUUUAAAGCAGUUAUUGAAGCUUAUAAAGUUGUGAAUAGGCAUGAUCUUGCUGAAUUGGUUGACCAAGAGAUGAGGUUGACUUUUCAGACUGAAUCAUUGCCGGAUUCUGAAAGUGAAGAUGAAGUAGGAGAAGCUAUAAUGGUGUAAUAAAUGAGAAUUUGGUAUGUAUUCAUAAAAACGAUAUGUAUAUACCUUUUGUUGUGUUAUUCAAUUUUUAGACCAAUUUAGUUGAUUAAAAUAAAUUAUAGAUAACAUAAAUAACUUUAAGAGUUUGAA